UGACGUAUCACAGCGCCGGCCCGAAGCUAGCAGCGCGGAAUCUACGUAUUGAUUGCUGUGGCUGCAUUGCGUCAUUGAGAAAGGAAAAGAACAAAAUGGAGGAAUACGCAAGGGAGCCGUGCCCCUGGCGGAUAGUGGAUGACUGUGGGGGUGCUUUCACCAUGGGAGCCAUAGGUGGAGGAAUCUUUCAGGCUGUCAAAGGCUUUAGAAACUCACCGUCUGGUAUGAAUCACAGGCUGAGAGGAAGCUUGACGGCCAUCAAGACCAGGGCUCCACAAUUAGGAGGAAGCUUCGCUGUAUGGGGUGGACUUUUCUCAAUGAUUGACUGCGGCUUAGUAAAAGUGCGCGGAAAAGAGGACCCGUGGAAUUCAAUAACUAGUGGUGCCAUGACGGGUGCUAUUCUUGCUGCAAGAAACGGGCCUGUAGCUAUGGUUGGUUCUGCAGCUAUGGGCGGCAUACUGUUAGCUUUAAUAGAAGGUGCUGGAAUCCUACUCACAAGGUUUGCUUCAUCACAACUCCCAACUGGUCCACAAUUUGCAGAAGAAGCACCCUCAAUGUCUGCCCCAUCCUUUGGUGACUAUAGACAGUACCAGUGAACAGCCACUAGCCAUUUUAAUAUUACAUGAACUCAUAAGGAAUUAAAAAUACAUUGGGCACGGAUGGAACUUAUUCACCUAAGAAGAAUCCGCCAAUGAAGUCCACCUGUAAAAAUAAUUGUUGGCAAACAAAAAAAAAAAAAAAAAGAAAUGCCUUCUCCACUGGGUCUCCUGUAGUACAGACUUUCACAUUUUCAGGCAGUGUUUUUUUUUUUCUUUCUAUUUAAAUCCAUGCUCUUUUUCCUUACACAUAAGCAGAUACCUCUUUGUGUUUACUGAUAGUGGUUUUUGUUUUUCAUCAUUCUUCUAGUAACAAAUAAAGACGAGUAUCUGGAGAUAUAGGCGUUCAAGAAAACUUAAGUUUAUUAAAGUUUACUGUUUGUCUUGAUGUGUGAAAAUAAGCGUCUUUGCCUGUUCGUAGAUGUUGAAUGUACUGUAUGCACUUGUAAAAUAUUUUGUGGACUAGCCCUCCUGGAGAACAUUACCCUCUGAACAUAUCUAUUAAAAUCCAUUUUUUUAAAGAUAUUUCUUGUGUUAAGAACUCAAAUUGACACAGCGUAGAAUGUAGGUCAGAGUAAAACUGAUAGUUUAUCGAAUUAAACCAUUGUUGCUGUGGUUGUUA